AACUUGACACCUGAUUCAGCAUGGCAUGUCUUUUCUUACAUGCAUACAAAUAGAUUAUACCCAUUUUAUUUCAAACCAAACACUUCCAAAAGAAUAACGAGUUGAUUCAGCUUCCUACAAACAAACCACUGAAAAAUCAAAUUAAACAAGAUAUUAUUAACAUAGUUCUCAAAUAAGGCCCAGCCCAUCUAUGUAGCAAGCUUUCAUGACCUAACAAUGGCCCAACAGAGCGCCUUAAUUUCCUCGGCCUAUCCUUUACGUGCUAAUGGUCCUGCAAAUAGCCCAACUGCGCGACAUGCUGUUGGCUCGGAACUGGUAUUGGAGAUCCUUCUUGUUCGUUGAAACCAAAAGGCGAGUGUUUACCAUGGCGGCGACGGCUGCCUUCUCCACAGGCUCACCAAACCCUAACGCGCUCAAGAGGGUCGGCACCCACAACGGAAGCUUCCACUGCGAUGAAGCCCUAGGCUGCUUCAUGAUCCGCCUCACGGAAAAGUUCGCCGGCGCCGAGAUCGUUCGAUCAAGGGACCCGCAGUUACUCGAUACCUUGGACGCGGUGCUUGAUGUUGGGGGCGUGUAUGAUCCCGACCGUGAUCGGUAUGAUCACCAUCAGAAAGGGUUCAACGAGGCUUUCGGUCAUGGAUUUAAAACCAAACUUAGCAGUGCUGGACUUAUCUACAAGCACUAUGGUAAAGAGAUAAUUGCAAAGGAGCUUCAGCUUGAUUAUGAACACCAAGAUGUUCAACGGCUCUAUCUGGCUGUAUACAAAAGCUUUGUCGAGGCGAUUGAUGCUAUCGACAAUGGAAUUAACCAAUACGAAACGGAUCUGCCACCAAGAUAUGUGAAUAACACCCAUUUGUCUUCAAGAGUUGGGCGCUUAAAUCUGGAUUGGGUGGAUCCAGAUCAAUCUGCAGCAAAGGAAAAUGAAGCCUUUUGGCGGGCAAUGAGUCUCGCUGGCAGCGAGUUUUUGGAGAGUAUUCGUUAUUAUGCAAAAUCAUGGUUACCAGCAAGGUCUAUUGUCCUACAAUGUAUAGAGUCGAGAAGAAACAUUGAUCCGAGCGGUGAAAUAAUGGUUCUCGAUACGUUUUGCCCCUGGAAACUUCAUCUGUUUGAGCUUGAAGAGGAGUUGAAGAUUGAUCCACCCAUCAAAUAUGUUUUGUAUCAGGAUGAUCGGAGCAAAGGUUGGCGAGUUCAAGCAGUUGCGGUGUCGCCCGAUAAAUUUGAGAGCCGGAGGGCUCUCCCAUUGUCAUGGAGGGGCUUAAGGGAUGAAGAACUUUCAAAGGAGUCUGGAAUUUCUGGAUGCGUUUUUGUUCAUAUGAGUGGAUUUAUUGGAGGAAAUCAUACUUAUGAAGGGAGCUUAGCCAUGGCUAGAGCUGCUCUCCAGUUUCCUGUUGAGUAGGGUUUAGUGCUUAUAAGUCUUUUCUGUAUGGAAUAAUUUUCCUCUUUUAGUUGGAAAUUUUCAUAGAGAAUUUAGUUUAUUUCAGCAAAGUAUGAAGUUACAGAAUUAUAAGUUUUAUUUAUUUAUAUUUGUUUGGAGAUUUAGGAGUUUAUUUUGUAGGACUAAUACAUGCAUUCACAAAGCA